AUGCAUUUCUGGGCCCUGAAUAUAAUCCUUGUGAUUGCAUCAUCUCUGUGGCUGGUCGAGAUGUAUGACAAUUACGGGGAGAUCUGCCGCAACCUGUGCACAUGUGACGAGAAGGAAGGCAUCCUAACCGUCAGCUGCGAGAACCGAGGAAUCAUCAGAGUGACGGAGAUUAGCCCGGUUCAAUUCCCCGCUUACCACCUCCUGCUGACGGGGAACUUGCUGAAAAAACUGUCGGUCAAUGAUUUUAUCAAUUACACUGGAGUGACCAUCCUGCACUUGGGGAACAAUGACAUCUCAGAAAUUGAAACAGGUGCCUUCAACGGACUCCAGGGAUUAAAGAGGUUGCACCUGAAUAACAACAAAAUUGACAUUCUGAGAGAUGACACAUUUGUAGGACUGGAGAGUUUGGAAUAUCUACAAAUUGAUUAUAAUUACAUCAGCAACAUUGAGCCCAACACCCUGAGCAAACUGCACCAACUGACAGUGAUGAUUCUGAAUGACAAUCUACUCUCUUUCCUGCCUCCCAAUAUCUUUCGCAAUGUCCCGCUGACGCAUUUGGACCUGCGGGGGAACCGGUUGAAGAUGUUUCCAUAUGUUGGCCUCCUAGAGCACAUGGACAAGGUUGUGGAAUUACAGCUGGAAGAGAAUCCAUGGAACUGCUCAUGCGAGCUGAUCGCUCUCAAGGCCUGGCUGGAGAGUAUUGCCUACACGGCUCUGGUGGGAGAAGUGGUCUGUGAGACACCCUUCAGGCUGCACGGGAGGGACCUGGAUGAGGUGUCCAAGCAGGAACUAUGCCCGAGGAGGCCCCAAGAGGACUCGGGAAGGCAAGCGCCCCCGAGCAGCACCAACGGAUAUUACCAGACCACACCGGCUGCUGCCACAUCCUCAGCCACCUCAUCUGCUGUCUUUCGGUCCUCUUCCAGACCUACCAAGGGCACACGACAAUUCAAUCGAACUAGGUUAAAGCCCACUUCGCGACUCCCAGGCGGUAGCCCUUACAACUAUGGCCCCAUCAUUGCUUUUCAGACCAAAUCGCCUGUGCCUUUGGACUGCCCCACUGCUUGCACGUGCAACCUGCAGAUAUCCGAAAUUGGAUUGAAUGUAAAUUGCCAAGAGAGAAAGAUCGAAAACAUCUCCGACCUAAAGCCCAAGCCAUACAAUCCGAAAAAGAUGUAUCUGACGGGAAAUUAUAUUCCCGUGGUACGAAGAUCAGAUUUUAUCGAUGCCGUUGGAUUGGAUUUGCUUCACCUGGGAAACAACAGAAUAACCGUGAUCCAUGACAGGGCUUUUGGGGAUUUAACAAAUCUGCGUAGGCUGUAUUUAAAUGGUAAUCUCAUGGACAGGCUCACAGGGGAAAUGUUUUUUGGGUUGCAGAAUUUGCAAUAUCUUUAUUUAGAGUACAAUAAAAUCAAGGAGGUUGACUCUGGCACAUUUCGUUACCUUACCAAUCUCCAGCUGCUAUUUCUCAAUAAUAACCUCCUGAAAACAUUACCGGUGGGCAUUUUUUCCAGCCUCUCCUUGUCUCGACUGAAUUUGCGCAACAACCAGUUUCAAAACCUGCCUGUAAGCGGUGUGUUGGAUCAGCUCAAGCUACUGGUGCAGAUAGAUCUUUUUGAAAACCCCUGGGACUGCUCCUGUGAUUUAGUGGGUAUGAAGAUAUGGCUUGAGCAGCUCAGUGCAGGCACAGUGGUCAACGAGAUUGUGUGCGAGACACCCAAACGUCACGCAAAAAUGGACCUUCGCUCGAUCUCAUCGGAGCAGCUGUGCCCUGACAACUCUGAUGCCUAUGUCUCACCAACCCCCCCUACCGAGGAGCCAUUAGACGACCGGGCCAUCCUCACAGAUGCCCCACACAAGUUCAACUCCUCCAGCAGCACUGUACCCCUGUCAGUCCUAAUCUUGAGCCUCUUGCUUGUCUUCAUAAUGUCAGUCUUUGUGGCAGCAGGCUUAUUUGUUGUGGUGAUGAAGAAGCGCAAAAAAUCCCAGAGCGACCGCACCAGCACCAACAACUCUGAUGUUAGCUCCUUCAAUUUGCAGUACAGCCUCUACAGCAACCGCUCUGGCACCAAAGUGAAGGCCCCGGCUGGUCACGUUUAUGAGUACAUUCCACAUCCGAUGGGUCACAUGUGCAAAAACCCCAUUUACAGAUCAAGGGAAGGAAAUGCAGUGGAGGAUUAUCGUGACCUUCACGAGCUCAAGGUGACUUACAGAAGUACCCCAGACGAGGAGAGGAAUCACAGCAUGAUGAGGAGCCCUGCGUUCAGGGUGAGCACCAUUGAACCAAUGGACAACCCCUCUCCAGUCCAGGAUGCAGACCAUUUCUUUAGAGGCAUCCUUGAGGCUGAUAAGCAGUCCCCUCAUCAGUCCAUCCCAUCCCUUCCAGUUGGGGGAAAUGUAGAGUACAAAUACACAGGCCCAGUGGCAUAUACCUACAACCCAAAUUUUGAUGUCAGGCGUCAGUUCUUGCACCCAGACAGGAUAAGAGAAACGGUGCUCUACGGCACGUCACCCAGUACUGUUUAUGUGGAACCCAACAGAAAUGAAUACUUGGAGCUAAAAGCAAAACUGCAGUCUGAGCCUGAUUACCUCGAAGUUCUUGAGAAACAGACCACCUUCAGCCAGUUCUGAGCCACAGAGUCAUUCAUGCAAUGGAGCAUUUUGUCCCAUUUCAACCCUUCGGGAAAUUCAGUUUCUUGGGUGCCUUGGCGCAAACAAGGACAAGCAGGAGAAAAGUGGAUGAGCCCUGCAGGGCGUGCCGAACCAUCUACUUAUUUGUGCAACGUGACAUUACAAAAACCGGGGAUGAACACAAUUGCCAACUAAUGAUGCAAAUUUUAUUUUUAUAUAGCAAUGAUUACUAAUUUGAAGUGUCUAAGUAUGUCCAGCUUCAAAUUCAGGAAUAUAACCGUGCAUAGGGUAUAUUGUCAGAGUCAGAAAAGAAAAAAAAAUGUUGAUACAAUCACCCCUGGACAAAACAACAACAAUAGAAAACAAACAUACAAACAAAAACACUGUACAGCAGAUGAUAAAACUGUGUAGGAAUAUUUCCUGCUGUAGUCUGUAAGUAAGUAUUUAUUGAUAUAACCUGCCAUGUCUUUUCAAUAUCAAACUUUUGAUUCAACAUCAACAUUACCUGUGUCAUCAUACAGCACAGUUUUCUGGAGAAUGAAAAAAAAAAAAGAAGCUUUUGUUUUAUAGUUUCAUUUCCUGUAGCUUGGCAAUGUAAAGUGGCUUUCUAGUUUUUGCGGGAACUGGCACACCCCGAAGAUACAUGGAAAAAAAAUGAAAAAAAAGACUGUGCCAAUUGAUGAGGAGGAGGGGAAAAUUGUCUUUGUAUGCUUUCAGUACUUUUGGGGAAUCAAAAGGCAAGUUCAUAAACACUCAUAUAAAAGAUUAUUAUAUUAAAAUAAAUUGGGGUAUUGAUUCUCAAUAUAUAGAUUUAUCGAAGCAAAACAUCUUAAAUGAUAUUUGAAGUUUUGAUUUUGUUGUGUAAUGUUGCU